AACAGCCAUCAACAGGAGGACACACGCGACAGCUCGACGGAAAGUCUAGUCUGUCUAAAGGUUCCUUUGGAUAAAGGUUCUGUGUGUGCAGUAAUAAAGCCAUGGAGAACAAAAACUUGGAGAAAUGCAUAGUCAAGUUACAGGAAGCAACAUCUGACAAUGAAAAGUUUGCAGCCAUGUUGAUGGUAGCCAAAACUACAAGAUGCUCAGACAUGAGUAAAGAAGAAAAGAAGAGAAUUUUUAAUGCCAUUGGAUUGCCAUUUCUCAUCAGACUUCUGAAAUCAGAUUCCCAGCCAGAGGAAUGUUCUGCCAAUAUUUACAAAUGCAUGGCCUUAACAGUUCUCUCUGGGCUUUGUGCUGAUACUGACUUGGUGCAAAGUGCCCCAUUGUAUCGCGUUCUUAAACCACUGAACGAGGUCAUUCUGAUCAGGAGUAACAAUGAUGAAGAGGUGGAUAACAUGAUUAAUGAUGCGUUUGAAAUCCUGAAGAUGUUUGCUGGAUCCCAGCAGGGAAUACAACAUCUUUUGGACAAUGGCACUAUUUCUGCCUUGACCAAAGUCAUUGCUAAAGAAUUAUAUGGAGCUAAAAAAGCCUUUGAUUUGCUGACUUACAUCCUACAUACAAUGAAGCCUUGUGUCUGGACUGGUCAGGAACAAGCUCUGGGAAGGCUGCUGAACUAUUUUGCAAAGAAAAUGGCAGAAAAUCAGGAUCAAGAAAAAUUUGAACUCUGUAAUUUCAUUGGCAUGAUAUUAAGAGUGACACCUAUAUCUGAGUUCAGAAAAGCAGAACAGCAACAAUGGCAUAAGUCAAUCUUGAAAGGAAUUCAAGAUAUAUUCAGCAAUCGAUUAGGAGAAGCCCAAAGAGAGCCAGCUCUGAAGUUGGUGGCCUCCCUAAUAGAUCGAGUAGGAAUGGAGUUUGUACUGCCCCCAAACAUGAAGGACAACAAAGUUCUCCUUAUGAUUAUACACCUCAGUUGUAUUGAGGUUAGGAUGGCCCUGGAAAAUUUCCCUAUUGAUAAGAUUUCAGAGAAGGCAGAUUUGCUUUGUGCUUGCUAUCAUCUUUUGGAGAACAUAAUUAUCUAUCUGACCACAUCCCCUAGUCUUCUGCUUGAUGAGAAACAAAUCCUCCAGCUUCAUUCAGCCAUGUUAGGGGCAUUUCAUUCCAUCAUCUUCUUCCUAAAAGAACUCUCAGAUGAAAACAAUGCCAAAGGACAGUAUCAAAACCCAGUAGUAAUUGCUACAGUGCGAGUCUUAGGAGCCUGGUUGGCUGAGGAGACUUCUGCUCUCAGAUCAAAGACUUACGAAAUCCUGCCUUUUUUGUUACAUUUAUGCAAACUACAGAUGGAGUUUUCCCACAUAUUAAGCUCUGAACAGGGAGGCAUGGAUGCAAAUCCAAAAGGAUUCAUUGAUGACACUGGUUUUGAAAACAUCAAGAAAAAAGUGAAUAUAGACACUCAAGCCAUUUCAGAUGCACUAUCAGAAUGCCUUACUAUGGAGGACGAGGAAGAUGAAAAUGUCGAGGAUGAGCAAGGUGAAAAAGAUGAUGGACAAAAUGAACUUGAUGAAGGGGGGGAUGGACACUUGGAGGGAAAACAGGAAGUUGAAAGAGGAAAGAGGGAAGGAAACAAGUGUGCCAAGAGUAAGAGUGUACAUGUAACACAGAAACAUGGAGAACUGAAAGAGGAAGUGGAGGAUAAUAAGGAGCAAAGUGCAAAUUCAAAGGAGAAUUGUGAAGCAAUUUCUUGUGAUGGAAAUUCCCAAACGAACCAUGAGGACAGUAGUGCUUCUCCCAGAAAUGAUCCGAUUGAUGAUACUUUGGAAGAAACAUCUGAGAAUGUUCCCAAUGGAGCUGUAGACAGUGAUCCGGAUGAGGAUGAAGCCUCAUAUCUGGGAGAUCAGAGCAGUAUGAGUGUGGAUUUACUGAGGUUUUUACUGCCUGGACUCUGUCAUCUCACCUCGGAAGAUGAACCGAGGCAAAUCUUAGUGGACAAUGAAUUGUUACCCAUGUUGAACCAUUAUUUGAAACACAUGUUGAAGAGAUAUUUUAAGGAUGACACCAAUGAUAAUGUAGUAAAAGCCUUGGAGCUGUUAUGUAACAUUUUCCUGAACUUUGCCGUGAUAGAGCCCAACUUAGUGAGGAGGAGUGGACACUUGGUCAAUGUUACACUAAUUGUAAUGGAGGCUGUGCCUCUUGUAGGAAGAAAAACAGAAUUUAACCCUUUGUGGCUCAAAAUGGUAACACUUGGCAUGUUUUAUUUGAGGCAUCAAAGCUGUGCAGUAAGAAGUGUUGCUGCUGAAGACGUCUUGGUCCACUUCUUUAUCUGUGCCUGUACAUUUGUGAAGGGUGCCUUCAUCAACAGCUCCAAAAACAGAAAGAAGGAUGUCCUGACAGUAUCUCCUAAUUAUCUCCCCUUUUGGGAGGAGGCUUCUCAACUCUGGUUUCUUACAAUUCAAGCAAUGACAACCUGUACAGCCAUGUACCCCCAGUUGGUUAAAGCUGUAUUAAUAUCAGGAAUGAUGCCACAGCUCGCUAAAGUCUUCAUUGCAGUGCAAGGUCGAGAUGUUGGCGAUGAAGUCAUCAGAUGUGUCUUGGCCUUGUUUAUCACUAUGGCACAUUGUCAUGAGAAAGUUAGAAAUGUGAUCAAAACAACAGGAGGACUUCAGCUUUCCAAGAUUUAUGAUUCAAAGGAAUUGCGUAUGGAGCUUGGAAUUGCUGAAAAAAGUGGAAAUGAGAAGAAAUCCUAAAAAAGAAAUGCCAUCUUAAGCUGAACUAUAACGUAGAACUCGUAAAAUUAUAAUGAAAAACUGUUCCAUUAUGGCAUCUGGAUAAUGCAGAUGAUCUACUGGAGAUUACAGAUUUUUUUAAAAUUCUUAACAAAAAGUUUUAAAAUAAUACUGUAGAAGCACAAAUUUUUGUGGGGAUAAAAUUUUGUUGAUUUGUCCUCUAAAAAGGGUUCUUGAGCAUUUAAUUUCAUUGUUUGAAAGUAACCCCAUUCAAUAUAAAGUCAUAUAAAAAAUUUAUGUGGUAUGUAAUUUUUGUUGAUAAUUGUUAACAAAGAAAUAAACAAAAUUUAAUCCCCAACGAAUAUUCCUGCUUUUACAGUAAGUUAACUUCACUGUGUUCAAAAGUUCACAAUUCAUAUCUGGCAUGGACAAAAAUCCUGCAGACUCAAAUAAUAAAAACUUGAAAUUUCAA